UAUUAGGCAUUCACCGCAUAUUUCUUGUGUUAUCUCAGCUGUGGCAGGGCUCCUCAAAGUUCUGCAACGAAGUUCCGUGCUUUUAAGAAGAGCGCCUAUAAGAAGAGACGAUGCAACCUCAGAAGCUGCGGCAGCCUCGUGUUAACUGGUCGCACUGGAGGUGUCGUCGGACCCAUCAUGGCGGUCAAGGUGCAGUCCACUAAAAGAGCUGACCCCAGUGAACUGAGAGAAAUAUUCUUGAAGCAUGCGACCGUGGUGGACAAGAGUGGGGAGCAUUAUAUGACCCCUCAAGGCUUUGUGCAGAAUUUUCUAGGACUUCACACUCAACCCAACCACAAUCCCCAAACUGUCCAGCUCAUUGCUGGGGUCGCGGACACAACCAAAGAUGGACUGAUCUCUUACCAGGAGUUUUUGGCCUUUGAGUCUGUGCUCUGUCUGCCUGAUGCUCUCUUCAUAGUUGCGUUCCAGUUAUUUGACAAGACAGGGACCGGUGAUGUAUCUUUUGAAAAUGUCCGGGAUAUCUUCAGUCAGACCACAGUGCACCAUCACAUCCCCUUCAACUGGGACUGUGAAUUUAUCCACCUGCACUUUGGCCAGGACCUCAAAAAGCAUCUCAACUACUUGGAGUUCACCCAGUUCCUACAGGAGCUGCAGCUAGAACACGCCCGCCAGGCCUUUGCACAGAAGGAUAAAGGAAAGAGUGGCAUGAUCUCAGCCCUGGACUUUGGUGACAUCAUGGCCACCAUCCGCCAUCACGUGCUCACGCCUUUCGUGGAGGAGAAUCUCGUCUCGGUUGUGGGAGGAGGCACCUCUCACGUGGUGAGCUUCUCGUACUUCAAUGCAUUCAACUCCCUCCUCAACAACAUGGAACUCAUUCGCAAGGUCUACGCCACCAUAGCCGGCUCGUACAAAGACACCCUCGUCACCAAAGAGGAGUUUGUUAACGCUGCCAAUAAGUUUGGUCAGAUCACUCCAAUGGAGGUAGACAUCCUCUACCAGCUCUCUGGCCUCCACACCCACUCUGGGCGGCUGAACCUGGCUGAUAUUGAGAGGAUAGCUCCUCUGGAAGAAGGCGCCAUGCCGUAUCACCUAGCAGAUGUCCAGAGGCAGCACACAGACAGCUUGCGGCCUGUCUGGCUCCAGGCUGCUGAGUCUGCCUACCGUUUCACUCUGGGCUCCAUAGCGGGAGCCGCUGGGGCCACAGCCGUGUACCCCAUAGACCUGGUGAAGACGCGCAUGCAGAACCAGAGAUCCACGGGCUCCUUCGUGGGCGAACUGAUGUACAAGAACAGCUUCGACUGCGCCAAGAAAGUGCUGCGAUACGAGGGCUUCUUCGGCUUCUACAGGGGUCUGCUACCUCAGCUGAUUGGCGUAGCUCCGGAGAAGGCCAUCAAACUCACGGUCAAUGACUUUGUGAGAGAUAAAUUCACCAGCAAAGACAACACCAUUCCACUGGCUGCAGAAGUGUUGGCUGGAGGCUGUGCUGGUGGCUCUCAGGUGAUCUUCACCAACCCUCUGGAGAUCGUGAAGAUCCGCUUGCAGGUGGCAGGCGAGAUCACGACUGGGCCACGGGUCAGGGCCCUUACAGUACUACGGGAACUUGGAUUCUUUGGACUCUACAAGGGGGCCAAGGCCUGUUUCCUGAGAGACAUUCCUUUCUCUGCCAUCUACUUCCCCGUGUACGCCCAUACCAAGACGAUGCUGGCAGACGAGGAGGGUAGACUGGGGGCACUGCAGCUCCUGACCGCCGGGGCCAUCGCAGGUGUCCCCGCCGCAUCUCUAGUUACUCCUGCUGAUGUCAUCAAAACGCGUCUGCAGGUAGCAGCACGUGCGGGCCAGACGACGUACAGUGGUGUGAUCGACUGCUUUAGAAAGAUUAUGAGAGAAGAGGGCUUCAGAGCAUUUUGGAAGGGAGCAGGAGCACGUGUUUGUAGGUCCUCCCCCCAGUUUGGCGUCACGCUGGUCACCUACGAGCUCCUGCAGAGGUGGUUCUAUGUCGACUUCGGGGGACACCGCCCUGCCGGAUCGGAGCCCACACCUAAGUCGCGGAUCUCUGAGCUCCCUCCCCUAAGCAAAGACCACAUCGGCGGCUACCGUCUGGCUGCCGCUACGUUUGCGGGGAUGGAGAGCAAGUUUGGACUGCACCUGCCCAAGUUCCGAUCGUCUGGGACGGUACCAAUCACGGCUGCUCUGCCAGAGCGGUCAGCCCAGAACCCGUAGACUCCCCCCCACGUUAACAACCAUCUGUCGUUUCUCUAUAGAUGCACCUUUCCAUUUCAACAAGUGUUCUUUCUUGCCUACCCCUGUAUGAAAAAGACUAUUUAUUUAUUACUUUUGUGUGGUUUGUACAAAUGUUACUGUACAUAUCGUUAAUCUGUGUGCAGGACUGUUGUUGAUGGAGGAAAACUGAAUGCACAUCGUAAGUCUGAGAAUACUAGGUUUCCCUAAGUAGCAGUGAAAACUCAAAAAUGGACUGGAAUAUUGGAAAUAUUGUUACAUUACUAAUUUACCAAACAUUUUGAGCAGCAGAUACAUUAGUGAUGUCCAGGUCCUCAGUUUUGCAGCUAUAGGUUUUUGUGAAUCAGGUCUCCGAUCUUUCAAAUAAAAACAUUGCUGCCAAAGUCGUGUGUGUAAA